AUUUAAUACAGGAAAGAAAAGUAGAUGUAAAAUGACGUAAUAGCGUGCUGCUUAAUCGACAAUUCAGAGCGACACCGAUAACGCGUAUUGUUACCUGAUAAUGUCAGUCGAUAGAGCGUCGCUACGACAAAUACCAGCUAUUCUCCUUGCAAUUGAAAGUCAUCAUGAUACGAGAACUAAGUCCAGAGUUGGCACACAUAGCCAAGACUGAGUUGAACGAGGACCCCAAGCAAACACCUGAAGAUAUAAAACAUUUAAGGGAAUGGAUCAUAAAACAAACACAUCUGAAAGCUAGAACAGACGAUCAAUGGUUGGUGGCGAUGCUGCGCGGCUGCAAGUUCAGUCUGGAACGGGUCAAGGAAAAGUUGGACCUGUACUACACACUGCGGACCACCUCGCCUGAGGUCACGCUCAGAUUAAAGCCGACACAACCUACAUUUAUUAAUUUCUUAAGAUUAGGAACAUGUAUCAUUUUACCAAAAGCAAAAACCGGCUUGCAUCCACGUGUAAUUCUCAUCAGAGCGGGCAGAUACGACCCAGAGAAGAACAGUGUUGCAGACAUCAUGUGCAUAUUGUAUUAUAUGGUUCAAAUAUUGGUAAUGGAAGACGAUUCUGCGACAGUGAUAGGAACGAAAAUAGUCGUUGAUUAUGAGGGUACGACUCUCAAUCACUUAGUGCAAGCCAAUGUCACCUUACUCCGGAAGAUUGUUGCUGUUAGUCAGGACUCACUACCUCUCAGGCUGAAGGGCAGUCACCAUUUGAAUGUACCGUCAGGUAUAGAGACUAUCUUCAAGCUCGUGUCCGCAUUUAUUAGCGAGAAGGCAAAACAAAGGCUCAAAAUACACAAGAGCACAGAUGAGUUGUUCGAACACAUUCCGAAAGAUGUAAUGCCUCCUGAAUAUGGAGGUACUGGUGCGACGGUAGCUGAAAAUAUUGAAUACUGGAUCGCGAAGAUAAAAGAGUACAAAUCUUGGAUGGAGGUGGAGGAAAGGCUCGGCACAGACGAGUCCAGACGACUUGGUGCUCUUCCGUCUGACGUAGCUGGGGACAAAGGAUCCUUCAGACAACUAAAUAUUGAUUAACAUAUUAAAUAAAGAUUGAUUUUAUUUUUAGCAGUCAUGAAAAUACAGAAAAUAUGACACGUUUUAUAUUUGGUGCCAUAAAAAUUUAAAACUGUUUUAUAUGAUGUCUUCUACCUCAAGGACUUUAUUAAUUUUGG